AUGGAGCAAUACGUUUCAUUUAAGAGAUGUAGUUGGGUUCCUGCUAAAUGUAAUAUUCUUAUGUGGAGGGCGGGGCUCGACCGGAUCCCGACGAGACAAGCUCUUUGUAGAAGAAACAUUCGGAUCAACUCGGAUGAGUGUGGGCUUUGCGGUGAAGGGGUUGAUUUGGUGGACCACAUCUUCACGGCAUGUGAGUAUUCGUUGUGUGGGUGGGCUAGGCUUCCGCCCCUUUACGCGUUUACAUUCAAGGACAUAAUGGAUUUCCACAAAAGUAUACCGGGAAACAAAAAAGUUAAGGAAACUGUUCGGGGUCUCAUGUUCGUGGCUUGCUGGUGUAUUUGGAAAGCGAGGAAUGCAAACAUAUUCUCAAACUGGAAUGGUAAUAGUGGGGAGAUUUUUGAGGAAGUUAGGUCUCUAGGUUUUCUAUGGUUGAAAAGUCGAUCGAAGCAUAGGAAUCUAGAUUGGAGAAAAUGGUGUAAUUUCACUUUGUAUACGUUGUAG